AUGUUUUUCUGUUGCUCUCGUGUCAUCUUUCACAACGCUGCCGUCUCGGCUCUGUGUUUACCCCGUAGGUCGGUGCGGUGCAGUGACCCUGGGAUCUCAUCUGUUCCUGUUAACAUCCCUGCUGACACGGUUAAACUGCGCCUUGAGAAAACCUUGAUCUCCAGGGUGCCCCGGGCAGCCUUCUUCAACCUGUCUGACCUGCGCUUCCUGUGGCUGAACUACAACUCCAUCACCGCCAUCCACCCCAGCAGCUUCGUCAACCUGAAGGCCUUACGAGAGCUGCGUCUGGACGGGAACCUCCUCACUUCCUUUCCGUGGGAGGGGCUUAGGGACAUGCCCCGCCUCCAAACUCUGAGUCUCCAUAACAACCGUCUGUCCAGCCUUCCUGCUCACGCUUCUCUGUUUCUCCCCAACAUCACCUUUCUGGAUCUCUCCAGCAACAGGCUGACGGUGCUACCUGCUGAGCUGCUCGACCUCUGGUUAUUUCCAAUCACUCUGAUAACCAGGUCUUUAUUUGUCCCAGGUCUCCAUGACAACCCCUGGCUGUGUGACUGCCAGAUCUCCAUGGUCAUGUCUCUGUCCAUGUCUCUGGCGAGUCCCGUGGUGCUGAUGGAUCAGGGGCUGGUCUGCAGCCGCUCCGUGGAUCAGUGGGGGACCACGCUGAGCCAGCCGGAGCUUACCCGCUGCACGAGGCCGUCGGUCCAACCUGCCGCCACCAGGGUCAUCUCCCCGCUGGGCAGCAACGUCAUCCUGCGCUGUGAAGCCACCGGGUACCCGACGCCCACGCUGACCUGGAUCAAAUCCUCACUGACGUGUUUGUUUCAUGAUGAAGUCAUGCAGGAGUCUCCUCGAGUCGGGGUCCGCUGGUCCAUCAUCAUCCUGAACGGACUAUCCUACAAAGACGCCGGCGAAUACCGCUGCCAGGCCCGGAACAUGGCGGGACUCUCCGAAGCCCCCAUCAAACUGAGGGUGGUGGGGGUCACCAGCCUGUCCCGUUUCCCAAAGAGGAAAUACCCAAAGACCCCGCUAAAGUUAUCCACAAAGUACAAGAGACCAAACCAGACUACAUCCAGGACCAGCAGCCUGUCAGCCAAGGAGAACCAGAUCCCCCAGAACCUCACACCCUCAGAGAACAAGACUGCUUCUAAUCUGGUGUCCACAGAGCUCCUGACAGCGAGACGGCGCAGACUGAACUUAACGGAUGCAAAUAAAUAG